AGCAUUCGGAACACCCCUCGGAACAAAACUGUAUAAAAGUUUGUGGACGUUUCGCUAAAAACAUUAUAUGCUCUGCUUCAGAAUUUGUAUCAGGAUUAACUAGUUAAUUUAUAACAAUGGUUCUCGAGUUUUACUACGACUUAUUGUCACAGCCGUGCAGGGCUGUAUACUUCUUGCUAAAAUGCUCAGGUGUACAGUUCAAAGGACAGAAAGUGGAACUUUUAAAAGGUGAACACCUUACUCCAGAGUUUUUGAAGAAAAAUCCUUAUCAUAAGGUUCCAGUCAUUUUCGAUGAUGGUUUUGGUCUAUCAGAAAGCAUAGCAAUUAUGAGAUACAUAGCAGUAAAGUACAAACUGGCUGACCAUUGGUUCCCAAGAGCGGACUUGAGGACACAAGCACGUGUAGAGGAGUUCCUGAAUUGGCAAGCAUCAGCUAUCCGGACACCAUGUAUCACAGUUUUCCAAGGAAUGUUGAGAGAUAAAGUAGGUGUUGGAGCUUUUACCAAACAACCAAUGGACGUAGCUAAAGUUAAAGCUGCGAAAGAAGAAAUAACUAGAGCUGUUACUCAUAUUGCAGACUACUUCCUUCAAGAUAAACAGUUUGUAGGAGGGAAUAAGGUGUCUGCAGCUGACAUUCUUGUGGUGUGCGAGUUGUACCAACUGCAUCCGGUUAAUCAGCUUGAUAGUCUGGUAAAAUGUAACCCUAAAGUGAAAGCAUGGAUGGAACGGGUAGAAAAAGCAUUAGGGCCUGAAUGGAAGGCUGUAAAUGCCACAAUUGAUUCUUUCAGAGAGAAAUAUAUGACUGCGAAAUAAAUGACAAUAAAACACAAGUUUCGCAUUGAAUAGAAGUUAGGGUUUAAAAUGCAUUAUACUAUGAGACGAAAAAUAUUUUCUCUCAAAUACCCAUAUAGCGUAGGUACAGUAAAAGCGACUGUAUAUAUUUCGCAAUAAGUUUAAAUAUAGCAGACUAAUAUCUUUUACUAUGUGUUUGAACAAUGUUCUUCACCUUAAUAACAAAAAAAAAAAAAAAUAGAGCAGGUCACUUCAAAAAAGAAUUAAAAGUUUCCCCUGUUAAGAAUUGUAAAAAAGCACACUCGUUAUUUGAAUGAUUCGACUUUAAAAAGUUUUACAGUAUUUUCUAAGUAACAUUUGUAGUACAGUAUUCCUCGAUAUGGCAGUUUUGCAGAAAAUAGUGAUUUCCUUGUAAAACAGAAAUUCAUUUUUACUAUUGUAUGGAGAAAAGUAUUUUGUAAAAUAAAAAAAAUAUUAUAACAGAUAUAUCGGUGUCUAUGGCAGUGUUUUAACGUUUAAACCUUUAGUCUGCUGGCGGCAAGUGAUUCUGCUUUUGCGACCAGUGCAGACCAAGAUCAGCUUGCACAUCCGUGCAGUCUGAUCAUGGUCUGCACUGUUCGGUAUUCAGUCAGUAAAUUUUCAGUAAACACCCCUUCGAAUGAUAAAUGGUAUUGCCCAAAUUGGUUGAUGGACAAGUCCAUUUUAGAAAAUUAGCAGGGUAAAGUUUAAUUGAAAUUGCCGCCUUUAAUAAUCCUUUAUUAGAUAUAAAGUCAGCAAAUACAGAGGUAAUAACCUCUGUCUAAAACGAUACGAUGCAGAUAAGAGAACGAGAAGAUGUAUGAUUUAGGUAAUUUAAAGCAUGCUCAAUCAAACUUGCGAAAUCAAAGACAUCUUGUUCGCUUUUUGCAAAAUUUUACUGUACCUUACGUAAGUUUAAUUUGUAUCUAAUUAAAGAAAAUACUGAAGAUAAUUGCAUAAAGUAAUUGGUUUCAAAAUUAAUUUUUUUAUUGAUACGAUUUAAUACAACACUAAUUUUAAUUGUUAUCAAAGUUACUAAUCUGACUAUAUGUUACGUUAUCAACAUUAUUUCAAAGAAAUAACAUUAACGAUUAGAUUACAUUAAAUCCAGAAACUUGGUUUUGUUCACCCCUCCCGGGCUAUUGGAAGAUGCCAUUUGACUAAGAGCUGCUUCACAAUCUUUAAGCUUCGCCCUGCUGAAUUUCUAAAAUGGACUGGUCUAUCAUUCAAUUUGGGUCGUACCACUUAUCAUUCAAAGGGAUGUUCACUGAAAAUUUACUGACUGAAUUGCGAACAGUGCAGACCAUGAUCAGAUUGCACGGAUGUGCAUGCUGAUCUUGGUCGCAAAGGCAGAUUCACUCGCCGCUAGCAAGCUAAAGGUUGAUAAACACAGGCGUUUUGAGAGUUAAAACUGGAUGCUGUUUUUAACAUAAUAUAGUUAAAAGUAGUGGGAAUCUGCUGUGGAAAAUGCUAUUUGCUUUUUGAGGUAUAAGCUGGAUUUUGCUUUCUCAUUGACUAGAAAUUAUUGUACAUUGAGAGAUUGUAGUUGGGGUUUUCCUGAUUGUUAAAGGAACCAUGUAUUGUGACUAUAUUAUAAUUUUACGUAAACUGUAUUUGAAAAAAAAAGAUAAUUAGCAUAAGAAGUGUUUUGUCUUCUGUUUAUGUGUUUUAUCAAUACGUGCUUAUACCAGCGUAACAAUGUGUAAAGCAAAUGAGAUCAAGCCUAAAAGUAUGAAUGAAGGCAGUGAAAAGUGCAGAGUUGAAAAGGAUCAAGACGGGGUAAAAGAAAACUGGACAGUCUUCAGCUUAUCAUGCACACUUUUGAAAGCAAUUUAUGCAAAGAAGAACUGAGCUCCAUACAUGCUCAGUAAGAGAGCGCAGCGUAUAGCGAAAGUGUAGCUAAAGUUAUGGGGAGCUGAAACGAUGACAUUGGAUUUCAUAAUAAAUACGCAGAUAUUGGAAAAAAUGAAAGGAAAAUAACUGAUAUAAUGAACAGGAAAGCAGAAUUUAUCGGACAGCGUUAUUCCAGGGAGAUACAUAUCUCGAGAAAACUUUAAAUUAUAUGAAAGACUUAUCUCCCAUAUGCAAAUAAAUUGCCUAUGUAACGUAAAUUGUAAGAUCAUUUUUAAUACUGAUAUCACAUUAUUAAAGUUACCUAAACAGCCA